AUGUCGCCGCUCUCCCAGGCAUGGUCGUUGAUAGUGGUCCUGGCAGUAGCGCUUGUACCCAGAGGCGCCCUUGCGCAGACAUCCAAUGUGACAUGUCUGUCCUCCUUUGGUUGGAUGGACAACAGCCUCCAACAAAGCCCUUGCGUGGUUGCUUCCUAUCUCGAGAGUGUCUGCUGGGGUGGAGAUUUUACAGUCAGUUCUUUACCUCCCGGCACCCAUUAUGCGGCUCCCACGGUCGCUGACGCCAACAAAUGCGAAUGUAGUACAGUGACCUACUCACUAGUUAGCGCUUGCGGUGCCUGCCAGAAUGCCACGUUUCUGAACACGCUUGACUUCACAGAGCCUCGUAGCUGGUCUCAAUGGAACUACAAUUGCUCCCUGGUAUACUUGCAAGAAUAUCCGAAUAACAUUCCGUCUGGCACCGUGGUUCCGAAUUGGGCAUACCUGAACGUGACCACAGCCGGGUUCGAUCUCACCGCAGCGCAAAGCGCUGGAGAUCUCCCGGAAUCCACCGCAACCAGCGUACAAUCUACUGGCUCGGUCACUUAUUCGAGCAGUGUGUCUGCUUCUUUGACCAGUUCUUCGGGUGCAGCCACAGGAUCUUCGACGACAUCAUCAAAAAGUAACGUUGGAGCUAUAGCUGGGGGUGUUGUUGGUGGAUUUGUGGGAGCUGCAGUCAUCAUAGGCCUUGCGACGUGGUACUUUGUCAAACGCCGUCGCUCCGCCACAGCGCCAUCGGCCGCUUUCAGCGACAUUGGCGGAGGUCCAGGCUACACCCAAAGUGUUUACUCUGCUAACCCUCAUCCAUUCCCAAUGCAACCACAAAUGACGCAACAACCGCGUCUCUACGAUCCCUCUGACCCGACCACUUUCCCAGGUUCUCCUCCCUCCCCCACCGUCCUGACCACCGCAUCUAGCAACAUAUACCAAAACCCAUCCAUACCAUCGCAUGUCUUUUCCCAACAGUCGCGCCCUGGGCAGUACAGUGGCACUCCCGAAAUCUAA